UCCUCAGAGAAGCACACACACUCUCUCUCUACCCGAAUGGCUCCUACCUACAUCAACGACUCUGCCAACACCAUGCUCUCUGCUAAAGACAAGCAUAAACUAAGGAAACCAGUUGUGGAGAAGAUGUGUAGAGACCGCAUCAACACCUGCAUAGAGCAGCUCAAGACCCUGCUGGAGAGGCAGUUCCACAAACAGGACGCCAACACCAAACUGGAGAAGGCUGACAUCCUGGAGAUGACGGUGGGGUUCCUGACGCAGAAGCUGCAGCCUCAGAGCCCAGUCCCCCAGAGGGCCCACAGUGAGGGCUGGUGGAGGCCCUGGUAGAGACAAACUAUUUAACAAACUGGAUGAGUGUUUACCGUCUUUCAUGCUGUAAGAAAUCUCUAUUUCCAAUAGUAAUAUCUACUUAGGUCCUUUAUGAAGGAUAGCGAACAUCAUAUGACAAGCGUUAUAGUUUGUUGUCUCCUUUACGGAGCUGUCUAUAAAAAAAUACUUUUUCUGUCAUGUGGCAUAUGACUCCUAUGGAGUCGACUCAAGUAUUGAUUUGUAUGUGAUUCUGUGAUGAAUAUAGAAUCAAUAGCAUUCAAAAUGCUAAAUAUUUAUUGGAGAUUAAUUCUCAUGUUUAAGUGUUCUUAAAGGGAAAUCAGAUUGUGUUACCUUUUGUAAAGGAACUGAUUGCACAUUGCUGAUUGCCUUCUAGCCAUCACCGAUCCACUUUUCAUUUUCCAUUUGUUUAGUCUUUGUUCUCUACACACCUGGUUUCAAUUCCCCUCAUUACAUGUUCAUUAUUUAACCCUCUGGUUUCCCCCAUGUUUGUGUGUGUGUUUGUUUUAUUGUUAGGCUGUAUCUUACGGCUGGUAUUAUUGUUUCCGGGUUUUGUUGUUACGCCCGUUUAUUCGUGGUACCGGUAUUUUUUCCUGCACCAUAGUAUUGUGUUUUGUACUGUUGUUUUCUUGAAUUAAAUACCUUGUCCACGCA